GACAAAGGUCGCUCUCCUGCAGCCAGCUUGCCACAACUCCCUGAGAUCUCCCAGGUGGCAGCCGCCUCCUCCAGACAGGCUCAUCCACCAUGACCGACCUGAGCGCCCAGGUCAAAGGCUCUCUCAACAUCACCACCCCUGGGGUGCAGAUAUGGAGGAUCGAGGCCAUGCAGAUGGUGCCUGUUCCUUCCAGCACCUUUGGGAGCUUCUUCGAUGGUGACUGCUAUGUGGUCCUGGCUAUCCACAAGACGAGCAACAGCCUGUCCUAUGACAUCCACUACUGGAUUGGCCAGGACUCAUCACAGGACGAGCAGGGGGCAGCCGCCAUCUACACCACGCAGAUGGACGACUUCCUGAAGGGCCGGGCGGUGCAGCACCGCGAGGUCCAGGGCAACGAGAGCGAGGCCUUCCGAAGCUACUUCAAGCAGGGCCUUGUAAUCCGGAAAGGGGGCGUGGCUUCCGGCCUAAAGCAGGUGGAGACCAACUCCUAUUCUGUCCAGCGGCUGCUGCAUGUCAAGGGCAAGAGGAACGUGGUGGCCGGAGAGGUGGAGAUGUCCUGGAACAGUUUCAACCGAGGGGACGUAUUCCUCCUGGAUCUUGGGAAACUUAUUAUCCAGUGGAACGGCCCAGAGAGUAACCGUAUGGAGAGACUCAGGGGCAUGACCCUGGCCAAGGAGAUCCGAGACCAGGAGCGGGGCGGACGCUCCUACGUGGGCGUGGUGGACGGGGAGCGCGAGUCAGAGUCCCCACAGCUGAUGGAGGUGAUGAACCACGUGCUGGGCCCACGCAAGGAGCUGAAGGCAGCUGUGCCCGACUCGGUGGUGGAGCCGGCUCUCAAAGCUGCCCUCAAGUUGUACCAUGUGUCCGACUCGGAGGGAAAACUGGUGGUUAGGGAAGUCGCCACCCGUCCACUGACACAGGACCUGCUCAAUCAUGAGGACUGUUACAUCCUGGACCAGGGGGGCCUGAAGAUCUACGUGUGGAAGGGGAAGAAUGCCAACGACCAGGAGAGGAAGGGAGCCCUGAGCCAGGCUCUGAACUUUAUCAAAGCCAAGCAGUACCCACCAAGCACGCAGGUGGAGGUGCAGAAUGAUGGGGCAGAGUCAGCCGUCUUUCAGCAGCUCUUCCAGAAGUGGACACUGCCCAACCGAACCUCAGGCCUGGGCAAAACCCACACUGUGGGCUCCUUAGCCAAGGUGGAGCAGGUGAAGUUUGAUGCCAUGUCCAUGCAUGUCCAGCCCCAGAUGGCUGCCCAGCAGAAGAUGGUGGACGACGGGAGCGGGGAGGUGCAGGUGUGGCGCAUUGAGGACCUAGAGCUGGUGCCUGUGGAAUCCAAGUGGCUAGGCCACUUCUACGGGGGCGACUGCUACCUGCUGCUGUAUACCUACCUUAUCGGGGAGAAGAAACACUACCUGCUCUACAUCUGGCAGGGCAGCCAGGCCAGCCAGGAUGAAAUCGCAGCCUCAGCCUAUCAGGCUGUCAUCUUGGACCAGAAGUACAACGAUGAGCCCGUCCAGAUCCGGGUCCCGAUGGGCAAGGAGCCGCCCCACCUCAUGUCCAUCUUCAAGGGACAGAUGGUGGUCUACCAG